AUGGGCGGCAAGAGGAAGAAGUCGAAGCCCAGCGCAACGGGACCCGAGACAGUCAAUCCUGCGGAACAGAAUCAAGAUGGACAGACUCAGAGCAGUAGUAGUAACGCCGGUCCGUCGAGAGCAAUAACAACAACUGCGACGGAUGGCAAAACAGCACCGGAGGCCUCUGCAGCUACACCGCAAACUCCAACCCCGAACCGAUCAAGCUGGUACGGCUCAUGGCGCUCAUCAUCCAAAGCUCUUCCGGCAACAGCCCAGAUCGCGAAGGAGAGCAUAUCUGUCGCUCAAGGCGCGACAUCGUCGGCGAGUGAAGACCAGCCCGUUCGACCUCCAAGCUCCGUCAGCAAAAGUGUGCGCGGCAGCCGGAAGAGUAUUCCAUUAGCCGCUGAGGCUACCAGGGUACACGCAACGAGCGAUUCGAGCGAUAUGAGUCGGCCGCGAGUGUCCUCGUCGGAGAAAGACAGAGAGAAGGAGAAGGAGAAAGCUAAUUCGGGCAAGGAAGAGCAGUCAGCGGAGGUGGUAGUGGAGGAGGCGCGGCUACCGCCUGUACCGGCUUCUGUAGAUGGCGCAGCGGACAGCGGGAAGACGCAGUCUGGAACGUGGUUUGCGUGGUGGUCGAGACCCGAUGGAUAUGGGAGUGACGGAGAGAAGAAGAACAAGAGGCUGAAGAUGGAUGUUGAACAGGAGGAUGCCACUUCUACUCCACUUCCUGGGACGCCGAACGAGGAGGGGGUGGAUAAGCGGACGAAGAACGCGAUGGAGUUUGAGGGUCUGAAUGCAGCGUCAGGUGGGGAGAACGGGAAGGCUGGACAGCCUGAGAUGAAGAGCGUUCAGUCUUCGAGGGGCUGGUUUGGACUAUGGAGCUCCACGCAGAACCAGGAGGCUGCGGAGAGCCAGCAGACGGCGAAGGAGGACGUACAGAAACAGCAGCCGCCUGAGAUCGCGGUUUCGGCUGAUCCUCAGACAACAGAAGCGGCGGCAGCAGAGACUCAUGUGCCCAAGCAAGGCGACUUGAAGGACGCUCAGUCCGCCGCGAAGUCAUCUGGUUGGGCUUUCUGGUCAACAGAUAAAUCCAAAGAGGAUCCUCCACCAACACCGGGAGGCACGCAGAAACAGAUAGGGGAGCUGGCAGUGGCGGACACGCCCAGUCAGAGUCACCCCGAGGCAGCGCAGUUCAACGAGCAUGAGACGAAGCAAGCAACGGCGGCUACUCGACCAAGUAGAACGGGUUCGUUGUUACGACCCAAGCGUGGCAAGCCCAGGAAAGAUACGCCAGCAAGCGACUCUUCCUCUGCACCAACACCGCUAGCAGGAAGUUCUAGGGCACAGACGCCAACGUCAGAAGUCUCCACACCCUCAUCUACACCAGCACCUGAACAGUCAGCAGUCUCGUCGAGUCUUUCGAAGACCUUGGACCAGAACAAGACACUCUCCACCAAGCAAGAACGACCUAACCACAUCUUGCCUUCCUUUAACGCCACAUUCCCACUGGCACCCAAUCCAACUUACAUGGAACGCUUAACCAGCUACCUCGCACAGUCACUCCGUCUUCCCGGCGCGCAGCCAGAUCCAUCACCUCAACACGUCUUCCGCAGCACUUCUCCGCCAAAGAUCAGGAAGGCCGUAGCACUCGGCGUCCACGGCUUCUUCCCCUCGCCGUUGAUCCAGAAGUUCAUCGGCCAACCGAAAGGCACAUCUGUGCGCUUUGCCAACUACGCCGCCACUGCCGUCAAGACGUGGUGCGAGCAGCACCAACCCGACCUCAAGACGGUUGAGAUUGAGAAAGUCGCUCUCGAAGGCGAAGGCUACAUCGCAGACCGUGUAACGACGUUGUGGAAACUGCUACUGAACUGGCUCAGCCAUCUGCGGCAAGCUGACUUCAUCCUCGUCGCAUGCCAUUCCCAGGGUGUGCCGGUGGCAAUGAUGCUAGUGGCGAAGCUGAUCCAACUCGGAUGUCUUGCGCCCAAUGCGCGAGUUGGCAUUUGCGCGAUGGCGGGCAUCAAUCUCGGACCUUUUCUCGAGUACCGCUCUAGAUUCUUCGGCGGGUCGGCCCUGGAGCUGUUCGAGUUUGGCGACCAGAAGAGCACCGUUUCGCGUGCUUACGCUGAAAGUCUGGAGCUUUGUCUACGGCACGGUGUGCGAGUCACCUUUGCAGGAAGUAUUGACGACCAGCUCGUGAGCCUGGAAUCAUCACUGCACACACCACUACAUCACCCGUACGUCAACAGAGCGGUCUUCAUCGACGGUCGCCUGCACGCGCCAAACUUCCUGACCCACCUCGUGGUCUUUGCAGCAAAACUACGCAACCUCGGCGUGAGCGACCACGGCUUAAUACGGGAGUUGUCCGCACCGCUAGCCGGUAGUCUCGUUGGCGGAGAAGGACAUAGUCGUGUCUACGACGACUCUGCAGUCUACCAAUUAGCCAUCGAGUUUGCCCUCGAAAGCACAGACGUCCACUCUGAUACUUCGCCAAAGCCCUCACAACCGGACAAAGCUAAGACUUCAACAAGAGGCAGUUCCGGUGAUCUCGCAGGCACCCUCCCCACAUCCCCAGCACUCGCACAGCAUCUCCGCCGCUCCUCCGUGGCCAUGACUUCAGGUUCAAACCUCCUCGCUCCCUCGGCCAACUCCAUCGCACCGGUAACCACGCCCUACGAACCGCCGCCUUCGAGCACGACUGCGAAUCCUUUCUAUCUUCCCUGGGCUGUUAGAGGGAUGCUCGAGGAGGAGAUGGUGAAGAAGGAUGAAGGGUUGAGGGAGGAGGUCAGGCAGUUGGUGAGGGAGUUUGAGGAGUGGAAACCUACGAGUAAGGUGCUGCGGGAUGUGAGAUGGAGGUUGGAGGGGGUGAGGGGGAUGGUGUAG